AUGCCGGUCGAUUGCCAAAGGUCUACAUCAGGUGGAAAGGGCAACAUAGGAAUGUUUAUAGAAAGAGAUCCAAAAAUAUGCGCGGCCGGAUUACCUUCUUCUCAACCAGAUGAUAAAGUUCCAGAUUCUCUGCAACACUAUUUGUUAAAGGAUGAAGUAGACGCCCUGGUGGGCGAUGCUAUCCUGCCCCUAAAGCCCCCAAGACCAUUACCACCGUUACGUCAUCCGAUUCCUUUAGAUAAACGGUUCGCGGGCCCUUUUGGUCAAGUAGCCCAAAUUAUCAAUCCCCCUAUCAAAACCAAGUUCCAAACACUGGUUGACGAUUUUAAAGACACUUCUUAUGCAUCGUAUUGGAAGAAACCGCUCGGUCAAGUGCGCGAUCCCGUACCAAUGUUACCGGAUGGCAUGGAUACUGUUGGUACAACGUUUGGCAAGAAAACUGCGUUCCACGGUAGAUUAUACGAUAUAGUUAUGCCUAAAGUCCCACCUCCAGAUAAAACGCCACAUGCAAAAGAGGCUGGAGUGCAAUUAAAGCGUACUUAUUGUUCUCCACCUUACAAUCGGGAACUAACAUUUGGCCACCGAACUUAUGUUGAUAAACGUGGCACUUAUGCAAGAUGUUGUUUGACAGAUGACCGAGUCGUUGUAGGAAACGGAACCCGAACUAUAUUGAAUACACUUCAAGCUAAAUUCCUCGAAUCUCAUCAGCCUAGAAUUGGCGAAGUAUUGGCACCGAACAAUAAUAUAGAUAAUGUUCCCAAGGGUUAUUCAUUUGGAAAAUUAAAACCACCUGACAAUUUACCCGAGUGCCUAUCGUAUUGUCAACUGAAUCCCGAGAGAGAUUUUUUUAGAAAAUGCCUCGGACAUCUAAACUCUCUUAGAAAAUCACUGUCAAAACGCUUCCUUCCCACAUUUUUUCGUGAAUUUUAUCUUAACAUUAAAUAUUACGACAAACAAAAGGCCGGCUGGCUACCUAAACAAGUUGUUUAUGACUUAUGUGCGGUAAGACUUAUUCGCUUUGAUCCGUCAUUAAUUGAACCAUUGUUGUCAAUGUGGCAUGCUUUUGACGGUGCAAAUAUUGAAUACAAAACGUUCGUGCACGUUAUUAACUACCGAGAACCAUCACCCGAAAUCCCUAAAAUUCCUGAUAUACCCGAUGAAUGUCUCUCUUUUUCGACAACUUAUACUGAAAUGGUGACACCCGGACAGGAAGAAGAUAAAAGCCGAAUGGCUGGUUUGCCUUCUGGUAGAUAUUUUGAUUUAGAUUAUCCAGUAACACCAGAAAAAUGUUGUCGAGCCGAUAGAACUUGCCUUCCCCACGAAUCAGAUAUGAAAGCUUGCCUUAAUCCCAGCAUUUUAACAUUGUUUCAUGUUAAUCAUAGAGAUAUGUAUGCAAAACGAGAUCCACAAACAGUGAAGAGAGUGUUUGAAGCCGCUGGUGAAACUUUUACAGAUGAAAAAUUUAAUGAAAUUUGGGAAGAGGCUAAAAAGUAUCAUUCGAAUGGCUGGGUUUGUUAUGAAACAUUCAAUCGAGCAUUGGAGAAUUCAAAGAAGUAA